CUCGACACCUUGAAGUAGCCUGUGACUGGAGGAGCUCCGUGUAUCCCAAUCCAAGUCUUUAGGGGUGGAAGAAUACUUGUCACCCAAUGCUAAAUCGUAAUAAGAUCGAGGUUUGGGAACGAGUAUAGCAGGAGUGCGGUUUUGGCGACGUCGAGAUCGGAAUUGGAGUUGGAUCGACCCAAUUUGGAAGACUAUCUUCCCACUGGAUCAAUCCACGAGCCUCUCAGAAAGCUUUGCCUGUGCGUCUCUCCCCUUUCCAUGAGUAGAUACUGGAUGUUAAUCAUUUUCCUAAUUUUCUUCUUGAUGAAUUAUCUUUGAGUCGUGAUUUACUGGACAUUUCGCCUACACUGACUUAGGCCGUUGGUGCUAUUGUUGAUGUGAGUAUGUGACUGACUACCCCUCUCUUCCCAGCCCUGGCUUUGUUUUUUACUUCGUCAUAUCUUUUUUUGUUUUUGAGAUUUUAUCACUUCGUUCAUUAUCCCUAUUUUAUGUUUUUUCCUAAUCGUUUACCAUUCUUCUCUUUUUAUAAGUUUUGUUGCUUUGUAGUUAGUGUUUGGAUUCAAUCUAUACUUUCCGUCUGCAUGAUUCUUUUACCAGAUGCUUCAAGUCUAAUCCUCCCGAACCUUGGAACUGGAAUAUUUAUGUAUUUCCUCUGUGAUGUUUGGGAGUUGUAGCCAGAUAUGUACUUCUUAUCCCAUUAAGAUUCCUUCAAGGUCUAGCACAAGGCAUGUUUCAGAUUCCACCACGGCAAGGGCACUCUCAAGCUCAGCAAUUACAGCUCCUUCAAAGUAGUUUUAUAUUGCAGACCACACUUUGAUGAUUUGAUCAGCUUUUCAAAAUGAGUGGUAGCCUGGAUAAGAGUUUUGAAGGGGCUCCAAAAAUAGUGAGGGAAGGAACUGCUGAUCAGGGACACUCACGCACUAAAGUUUCAAGCAUGUUUGUCGGAACUCAAGAUAAAUGUGUCGGUUGCAAUAAAACAGUUUACCCCAUUGAAAAGGGUGAUGUUGAUGGAACCUCAUACCACCCACCUUACUUCAAGUGCAGCCAUGGUGGUUGUGUGAUCAGUCCAUCAAAUUAUGUAGCAAAUGACCAUAAGAUUUAUUGCAGGCAUCACCACACUCAGCUUUUCAUGGAAAAAGGAAACUUCAGCCAAUUGGAUACAUCGAUAAAUCUAAGGUUGUCAAUGGGAACAUCAAUGGCAUUGCCGGAUCGGUUUAAUAUUAAAUCACCUUUAGCGUGGUCAUAUAUAUAAUCUGGUAUCCUAAUGUUGAACGAACUUCAGGAUAACUUCUCAUGAAGUCUAUUGCAAUGGUGUAAACAUGAUAAGGAGCAUUCAACAAUGCUUUAUGAAGUAGUUUACACACUCAGAGUUUCAUUCAGUUUUUGAAUCAUGCGGUCAUAGUCAUGACAAUGGCUUUAAAGUAUUUUCAUCAAAUCAUUUCAUAAGGCCAUUUCUAUUAUAGUGAACAUUAAUUCGUGUGUGGUUGAUUGUUUAUGCAAUUUCCGAAUGCUACCAAAAAAUGUCUACCUUCUGUAAUUAUAUGGUAAUCAUAUAAGGUUCUAAGUGUUCUUUAAUUUGGUGCUUUUUAUUGGUCAUCAUCAUGGAUCUCUUUAUGAAAAUUGUUCUAGGGAUCCUAAUCAUGUUGAAUAUACAUUAAAUACAAUAUGGAUGCUAAUUACAU